ACUGCCAUCUGGUGUCAACCUAUCGAGUACAGCCACGUCACUUAAAAAUCGGUUAUUGUACAUCAGACUCAAACAAAAAGGCUUGAACCAUGAAUGCUUUUAGGCUUACCGGAGAUUUAGCUCACUUAAUAGCUAUAAUAAUCCUUUUACAGAAGAUAUGGCAUACCAGAUCGUGCGCAGGUAUCUCCGGAAAAAGCCAAAUACUAUUUGCCCUGGUCUACACCACUAGGUACCUUGACUUGGUAACGUCCUAUGUAUCAUUGUACAACACUUUUAUGAAGUUUAUUUUCCUGGCUACUUCGUACGCUACCAUUUACUUAAUUUACAUAAAAUUCAAAGCUACGUACGACCGUAAUCAGGACACCUUUAGGAUCAUUCUUCUGAUACUGCCCGCGGUAGCGUUGGCCUUGUUGAUCAACCACGACUUUACAGUCCUCGAGAUUUUGUGGACUUUCAGUAUUUAUUUGGAGUCGGUGGCUAUUCUGCCGCAACUGUUCAUGGUCAGUAAGACGGGUGAGGCGGAAAGCAUCACCUCCCAUUAUCUGUUUGCUCUUGGCUCCUAUCGGGCCCUGUAUAUUUUUAACUGGAUCUACCGCUACGUCACUGAAAGUCAUUACGACCUCAUCGCCAUCGUUGCAGGAAUUGUUCAGACCGUGUUGUAUUGCGACUUCUUUUAUCUGUAUAUUACUAGAGUUCUCAAAGGGAAGAAGCUUCAGCUACCGGCUUAAAAAGUUUAAUUUUAGACUACUUUUUGUACAAACAUUUUGUGGUACAGUAAUUCUGUACACAUUUAUAUAAUAAGAUUAAUUUUUCAAGUCGAUUGAAAUCAGUUUUGUAUUAAGUACAUGUCGUCUUUUGUCUGGGAAGUUAUUUAUUGAAAUUUUCCAUUGUAUUUCCUUAACUAUGCAUAUUUUUUUAUUAUAUUACUCGGAAACUUAUUUAUAUGUGAUUCAUAGUGCUUAGGAAUUCUAAAAACUAGCACACAAGCCACGUUUUUAGGUACAAUGUAUUAGGACGCUAAUUAUAAGAGUAUUUUUCACUUCUAUUCUCAAUAUUAACGUGUAUUUACUAAUUGUAAAUAGGAGUUUGAAACCAAAAAUGUUUCUAUAUGUGCUCAUGUAUUUAGAGGUUUAAUAAUGUAGCUUAAGUGUUGGAUGCCAAUAAAACUAUUUUUUUCUAAUCGAUUCAUAUAAUCAUCUUUUUGUUCGAGUUUUCUGGAAUUUAAUAUGAUUACUGUAAAGAUCUUCCUAAUAAAUACUGUUUUUACGUU